AUGCUAAUAUAUUAUCAGCUAUUUAUUGUUACAAUAUUAUCGUUGACAUUGUGCUUGAUAGAUUCAAAAAUAAUUUACCGCUAUAGAAAUAAUAGAGACUAUCAAAUUGAUCCAGAUAGAAAUUCACCAAUACAAUUAACCAAUAACCAAUAUGAUAAUGGUUAUUUACAGKAUAAUCGUUAUAAAACUAAUAUACAACAACAACAACAUACUAGUGAACCUAAUAUAAAAUAUUUUAUUAAUAUUAUGGAUCCGUACAAUAGUGAAGAAGUAGACAAUCCUCGUAUUCAACGACUUCGUGAUAUAAUUCAGGUAAUGUCCCAUAACUAUUAUCCAGGCGAUUUUGAUCCGGACGUACCGUUUUAUGGACACCCGUACCUGAAUACAGUACCUGAACAUCAUARUAAUGGCCAAUGGCCAGCCAAUGKUUACCCGUCCAAAACGGUUAUUACGGUCAACGGUGUACACAAUUAUGAUAGUCCACAACAGGUUGUCCAUUAUACGGUCCGGUAG